CAAACAGCAAUGUAAAAAAAAAAAAAACUCUUCGAAUCCAAAUUCAAUUGCCAUUCACAGUGGUCUUCCAGUGGCUGCCAUUAAGCAGAACCUAACAGCAUCCCUUGAGGUUCAAGAUGGAGAGGAUUGAAAAAAGAAAAAUGGACAGGUUUAGUGCCCUACCGGACUCCCUCAUCGGCCACAUUCUGUCCUUCCUCCCCACCAAAACCGCCGUUUCCACCAGCCUCCUCUCUCGCAGGUGGCGCUACCUCUGGCAGCAUCUCCAAGUCUUCAACUUCCAACUCGAGGAAGAGGAAGAGGAAGAGGAAGAGGACGAGCAAUACGACUGGUCCUUCAUGCACUUUUCUGCUUUCGUAAACGGAGUUCUUGCGCAGCGUAGGAAUCGAGACAUCCGCAAGUUCCGCCUCUCAAGCAGCUACACAGGUGAAGCCUCGUUCCAUGCACGUUCUUUCAAUUACUGGUCACUUGCUGCCAUUGGACCUCAACUCCAGGACCUUAAUCUUUCUUUGUAUGCUCCGUAUUUAAAGAAACACUUCGUGUGGUUUCCUUCUUCCAGCGUCCUACGUGGCAUCUUCAGUUGUACUUCUCUCAUUUCACUCACUUUGGAUGGUUUGAUAUGCGUCAAUAAGAUAUCGUCUGUUCAUUUGCCAGCCCUCAGGACUAUGAGACUCUCCAUGGAUACACCGUAUCCCUUAGACGUGAAGAUUUUUUCUGGCUGCCCGGUCCUUGAAGAUCUUUAUCUCCAGUUUAACCAAAUAAAUGCUCCCAAGAUAAUUUUUCCUAAUUCCUUGAAGAGGCUGGAAGUUCAUAAUCGCAAGUCAUCUACACGUAGAGAAGUUGAAGUUGAAAUAGAAGCUCCGGCACUUGAAUAUCUUACUUUCUUCUUAUAUAUUGGACUAAGCCAGUUGACUGUCAACAAUUUGCACAAUGUGAAAGUAGCAGAUCUUGAUCUCAGGGAAGACGAUCCUGAUUAUAUACAUAUGCUUCUAAAUGCACUCAACCGAAUAAAAAAGCUCCACUUGCAUAUUUCGAUAUUAGAGUGCAUACUUGGUGCCCCAGCUUUUGAUUUUCCGGAAUUCAGUUGUUUACUUCAUUUAGAGCUAAAAUGUUUCAAUCCGACUCUAAUCAUAAACCUGCUUUACAAGUGUCCUAUGCUUCAAGUUUUCAAGAUUUGUAAUUAUGAGCAGAUUUGGAUUGAGCCAACCGGCAAUUCUAGCAGCUGGACACCCCCUACUUGUGUUCCUGAUUGUCUUGCAUCACACUUGACAAAAAUUGAAUUCAAAGGAUAUAAAGGUUCUAAUGAUGAGCUGGGAUUCAUUGCCUAUAUCUUAAAAAGUGGGAUUGUUUUGCAAACAGUUACUGUUAAUCUUGAUUCGCUUAAGAAUGAAAAGGGCAAGAGCAAGAAAAAAUACAAUAUCACUAAAGAAUUGUGUGCCAUCCCAAGGGGAUCCAACAUGUGCCGAAUUGAAAUUAAAGACUAAGACAUAUUCCCUUCAGAUGCAAGUCGAGAGGCACAUCGUUGAGCGUCUGAAGCCCUCCUUACAAGCAAAGAACUAUCUUUUGGGCUGUUAUAUUUUGUUUUAGGUUAUGUAUAUAUGUAUAUAGAAUUUCUGCAUGUUAUAUUUUGUAUUUUGCCCUUUUAGAGGUUACUUUUGGAGAAACAGGUGUUUUAUUUAUUUUUUUGGGAAAAACUUUGGGUUAUGUAUAUAUAUGUAUAUUCUGGCUGACCUUAGCUUCACAAUUCACAGGUCGAGUUUAGAGCUUAAUAUCUGUGUUUUGAAAUUCUGAUUUGUAUAUUAUGUUUUUAGCCUUCUUUUGAUCUCA